AUGAAACCUUAUUUGAUGAGCUUCAUGCUCAUCCUUUCACUCUUUACAUCAGUCACAACAACCACCCACAGAAGAAUUCUCCACCAGCCAUUGUUUCCGGCGACACCGACACCUCCAGCAGGGCCGGAAUUGCCACCUUCCCAACCAUCACCCACCACUUCGGACCACCCUUUCUUCCAAGAAAACCCAAAUGGAAAAACCCCAGAUCAAACGCAAUCACCGCCGCCGCCAGCGACGGCGGCAGGAGUAUCCACUAACACCACGGCGACGCACCCGAUUGCACCACAGCCGGCGGCCAAACCUGCUAAGAAGAUCGCAGUUGCGAUUUCUGUCGGACUUGUGACUCUCGGAAUGUUAUCGGCGUUAGCUUUCUUCAUCUAUAAACACAAAUCGAAACAGCAAACUGAAUCGAGCAAACUCGUCGGAGGAAAUAGUUUGCAGAGAAAUGGUGAAGAAACAUCAAGAAAUUUGCCUCCGUCGAGUUUUCUUUAUAUUGGGACUGUGGAGCCGGCGAUAACAACAAUGACAAGUGAUCAUUCGACGAAUGGAACAAGAAAUGGGUCACCAUAUAAUAAGUUAAAUUCGAUUAAAAGAUCCGAUCGAUAUAGACCCAGUCCUGAAUUGCAACCACUUCCGCCGCUUACUAAGCCUCAGCCACCACUAACAUCCAUCAAUUCGCCGCCGGCGGUGUCUUCUUCAGACGAUGAAGAAGAAGAAGAAGAAGAAAGUCAAGAUUUUUACACUCCUCAUGGAUCAACUGCAAGCACCGACGAUGGGUAUUCUGUUCGGAGUUUCAAACGGAACGAUCGCCGGAAUUUAAGUCCGGUGCCUCUUUCUAAGCGAACUUCCCCAAAAUCGAGACUUUCGAUUUCUUCUUCACCGGAUACAAUAUCGGAGAGAAAUCAUCCCGCCGCUUCUCCGUCGGCGCAACCGCUAGGAAUAACAAAUGGGCCCAGAAGGACGAAAUUCGCGGCACCACCUCCGGGACCUGAUAUGACACGUUUGCAUUCUAAUCAAUCACCACAUAAACCCAAAAUCCCAGUCCCCCCACAUCCGCCGCCGCCACCACCGCCGGAAAAACCGGGAGCUUUUCCGAUUAAGACCAUUUCAACGUCUAGUUCUUAUCAACAACUGAGAAAGACGGAAUCAAUGAGUCCCAGUGCUAAAGUAAUUCCAAAAAUUGUGAAAACAAAUUCUUUCCCAGAAUCAAACAACCGUGACGCCGAUGAUUUAAAACCGAGGCUGAAGCCUUUACACUGGGAUAAAGUCCGAGCAACCUCCGAUCGAGCCACCGUAUGGGAUCAGCUAAAAUCAAGCUCCUUUCAAUUGAAUGAAGAUAUAAUGGAGUCCCUUUUUGGAUGUAACUCCGGCGGAUCAACCAAGAAUGAAGACAACCCUCGGAAAUCAGUUGUUCCUCCGGCGAUGCAUGAAAACAGAGUGUUGGACCCCAAAAAGUCACAGAACAUCGCCAUACUUUUAAGAGCAUUGAAUGUAACACAGGAAGAAGUAUCCGAUGCACUUCUCGAUGGAAACCCAGAAGCUUUAGGUGCAGAGCUCUUGGAAACACUAGUAAAAAUGGCGCCCACGAAAGAGGAAGAGAUCAAACUUCGAGAUUACAGAGGUGAUGUAUCGAAAUUAGGAUCAGCAGAAAGAUUCUUGAAAGGAAUCCUCGAUGUUCCAUUUGCAUUCAGAAGAGUUGAAGCCAUGCUUUACAGAGCAAACUUCGACAACGAAGUUAAAUACUUGAGAUCUUGUUUUCAUACAUUAGAGGCAGCAAGUGAAGAACUGAAGAACAGUCGGUUAUUCCUUAAACUCCUCGAAGCAGUUUUAAGAGCAGGAAAUCGCAUGAACAUUGGAACAAAUCGUGGUGAAGCUACAGCUUUUAAACUCGACACCCUUUUAAAACUAGUGGAUAUAAAAGGAACAGAUGGAAAAACGACAUUACUUCACUUCGUCGUUCAAGAAAUCAUCAGAUCAGAAAUUGGCAAUUCCGAUUCCAAUUCCAAUUCCAAUUCCAAACCUGAAACAUAUCCCACAUUCAACGAAGGGACAUUCAAGAAGCAAGGAUUACAAAUCGUGGGUGGAUUAAGUCGAGAAUUAGGGCACAUCAAGAAAGCGGCGGGAAUGGAUUCCGAUGUAUUAAGUGGCUACGUGAAAAAACUCGAAACAGGGCUUCAGAAAAUCCGAUCAACAGAUCACGAAACAUCAGAAACGCAAGGAAAUUUCUUUAUCUCGAUGAGGGGUUUUCUAAAAGAAGCUGAAUUAGAAAUCGGGAAGAUCAAGAUCGAUGAAAAGAAGGCGUUAGGAUGUGUGAAAGAUGUUACUCAAUAUUUCCAUGGCGAUACUGCGAAAGAAGGGGUGUAUCCACUUAGAAUCUUCACGAUUGUAAGAGAUUUUUUAGGGAUUUUGGAUCAUGUUUGCAAGGAAGUGGGGCAAAUGCAAGAUAGAAUCAUGGUGGGGUCAGCAAGAUUACCCUCUGUGAACAGAUAUAAUGUGAGGGAGAUUAGUAGUUCUGAUGAAGAAAGUUCAUACUCGACAUGA